AUUUUAUCGAAGAUUUUAUAAUUUUUUAUGUCAAAAUCUAUUAAUUGUAUUUCUUUUACAUAUUACUGGUAAAAUGUGCAACGAAGUUGACAAUAGUUGAUUUCAACUUUGUAAGAUUUUAAUAUACUUGUAAUAUAACGCUUUGGGACUAUUUUUUAUCAACGGGUGUUUUAUCAAAUUUUUAAAAAUAGAGUGCAUAAAUUCUGUUGUGGUGCCUGAUGCACUGCUCAUCGCGCUCAAUCGAUAUCUGAAUGUGCAGCGAGAUCGCAACGCUGCAACUUGCGACUCGGAUCAGGAUCUAUGUGACUGUGAAAGUAGAAUGCGAUCCAAUCCAGCGAAUGCUGCAGCAUCAGCAGCUGUUAAGACGCCACAACAAUUAAUAAAUCCUACACAAGGAAGCUCAAAUGAUACGAGGUCACCACAAGUAUGGAACACAAUGCAGCUGCAUCAGAGACACCGCGAUCCAAUAUUGAAUACUCGCGAUAAUCCGCAUAAUCGAAGAUCUUCGAGUGCGCCUUCAGGCGGCUCUCGUGAUUGUCAAAGAGGUGCCGAUAAAUUUUGCCAUACGGUUCAGCCAACCAACCACAAUUACUUGGGUUUGCAGCCUAAUGAAAAACCUCCAAUACGACAGACUCCGCCUAUUGAUUCAACUCAAUGGCCAACUCUUCAACGUUGCUCAAAUUGCUGUGGCAAGGCUGCAACCAACAACAACAGCAACAACAAUGAGUCUCAGCGUCUGGAGACUUCAUACCAAAUGAAUAACAGCAGUGGCAUCGGCAUGAACUAUGGCGAUUGGCAGCGGCAACAACAAAUGCAACAACUGCAAGCACAACAACAGCAACAACAACAGCAGCGGCAACAGCAACAACAAUUUCAACAGCAGCAACAACAAAGACAGCAAAUGCGAUCUAUGCGACGAGAUGAAUUUGAUGAUUUUGAACCUGCGCUCAAUAGCACAAUGAUGGAGCCGCAUUAUCAAGGUAAUGCGGGUCGUCGCUUGCAACGCUCAAUGUAUUGUCAACCACAGCAGCAACAACAACAGCUGCAACAACUGCCUCAACAACAAUUGCAGCAACAACAACUUCAGCAACAACAACUGCAGCAACAACAACUGCAACAACAGCCAUCGCCAUAUCGCACACAAGCUCAACAGCAAUCUUAUCGAGCUUGUUGCAUGCCACAGCAGCCAACAUCAGUCCCCAGUCAAGCAACACAACAGAGAAUGCAAUAUCCGGAUAUGCCGUGUCAAAUACAGCAUGAUUUGAGCGAUACGUACAACGAGACGAGCUACAUGCAGUUGCCCCAAGGGACACAGCAAAUGCAACAGCAACAAUCAACAACUCAACAGGUAACAUUUCGGGAACCUUCACAAGCUUCAAGUGGUUAUCGAACUGGCACAAUUUAUCAAUCUAAUCCGAGCAUGAAUCAAAGUUCACUUGAGCAGAGUCCAAAUUUGACUAGCAAAAAAUCGCCAAGUUGCCAGGACAACGCAGCUGAAGCAAAGUCCAUUAGAUCUUUGACACCUUUAAGCCAAAUGAAACAUGAAGACUUGAUUGUACAUCGCGCGGAAACACUGUUCUUUGAGUCUUUGGUCUUGGACAGCAAUUGUCCAGGUGUCAUUCAAAGUUCACUAAGUGGCAAGGAUAACUUCAAUGAUCAUGCCUUCCAUAUAGCCUUUGGCGAUCAGGUACCCAACGAACCCAAACCUGUUGAUCCCAUAACCAUGCUGGAAGCGAUCAAGUUACGCAUAGAUCACGAACGUGCGGAGAUACACAAAAAAUGUCGAGUGGAGCGUGUGGAAAGUGAGCUUGACUUAAGGCAACGGAAGCACAAAGACAAUCGGCAUGAGGAAAAUUCAAAGAGAUCAGCUCGCAGUGACUCCGAAUCGUAUUACUAUAAAGGUAAGAAUGCCAAGAAGAAAAGUCGUGGACAGCAGGAGAUAACGCCUCAAGAGCUGCUCAGCGAGGAUAUCGAUCGACACUUUAGAUGCAAGCACAAGUCCGAUGUGAAUGAUGGCAUUUAUGCAUUUCUAAAAGCGGAAAAUGAUUACAGCUCUUCCGUAGGGCAUGCUUCGAAGAACUUUUCAGCGAACGUAAACUCACAUGAAUCGCAUUUCUUGGGUUUGCCCAUCAAGAUGCGAAUUUACAAUGCAACAACUUGGCCCAUUGACUGAAAUCUAAUCACUAAAUUUCUUUGCAGGGCAUUCUUGGAAAAGCUUUUCAGCGAACGUAAACUCACAUGAAUCGCAUUUCUUGGGUCUGCCAAUCAAGAUACGAAUUUACAAUGCAACAACUUGACUAAAAUCUAAUCAUUAAAUCUUGACAAUUUUUGACGACUGACACUUAAAUAAAUGUAUUGUGAAUUUAA